AUGUCGGAGGAGCAUGUCCGACUCAAUUUGUCCCUGAUUUACAACCACAUGGUCUCCGAUGCCAAGAUGGCGGAGCUCUUCAUGGGUUGCCCUUUCAAAACAGGGGAGUACGAGGAAUGUCCCAGGUCGAUUGAGUGGGCGCCGCACAACCCGCCCCACACUUGGCUCGGGUCGCCGGAGAUCGACGGGAGGCAAGACAUGGGAGCCUUCUACGCGGCGGCGAGAGAUCUGAUCUUCUACGCCCACCACUCAAUAGUCGACCCACAAGGAUUUUGA